GAGCAGCCCCGCGGCCGGGGAGCGCGGGCCGGGGCCGAGGCCGCGGCGGGGGGCGCCGCCCCCAGCGUCUUUCUGCAGUCCCUAGAGCGGGGGGCGAGGGCAAAGACGGGGUGAGCGGGGCCGGAACCAUGAACCGGAGUUUCCACAAGUCUCAGACCCUGCGCUUCUACGACUGCAGCGCGGUGGAAGUCAAGAGCAAGUUUGGGGCUGAGUUCCGAAGGUUCUCCUUAGACCGACAGAAGCCGGGGAAGUUCGAAGACUUCUACCAGCUGGUCGUGCACACCCAUCACAUCGCCAGCACCGAGGUGACCAUCGGCUACGCGGACGUGCAUGGUGACCUGCUGCCCAUCAACAACGAUGACAAUUUCUGCAAGGCCGUGUCGAGCGCAAGCCCCCUGCUCAGGGUCUUCAUCCAGAAACGAGAAGAGGCGGAGCACGGCGGCGCGGCGGCGGGGUCGCUGUCCCGGCGGAGGAAGGCGCUGGCGCUGCGCGAGGAGAACCCGCGCCGGCGCGCACACCUGCACAUCGGCCUGCCGCGCGACUUCCGGCCGGUGUCCUCCAUCAUCGACGUGGACAUCCUGCCCGAGACGCACCGCCGCGUGAGGCUGUACCGGCACGGCUGCCAGAAGCCGCUGGGCUUCUACAUCCGCGACGGCACGAGCGUGCGCGUGGCGCCGCAGGGGCUGGAGAAGGUGCCGGGCAUCUUCAUCUCGCGCAUGGUGCCCGGCGGCCUGGCCGAGAGCACCGGGCUGCUGGCCGUGGACGACGAGGUCCUGGAGGUGAACGGCAUCGAGGUGGCCGGCAAGACGCUGGACCAGGUCACGGACAUGAUGAUCGCCAACAGCCACAACCUCAUCGUCACGGUCAAGCCCGCCAACCAGAGGAACAACGUGGUGCGCGGCGGCCGUGCGUCCUGCAGCUCGGGCCGCUCCUCGGACAGCGUGGCCAGUCGCCACAGCCUGCCGGCCGCCCCUGCGCCGCCCGGCCUGCUGCCCGAGGACAUGGAGAGCGACGACGAGGCCGAUGUCGUCCUCGAGGGCGAGCCCCGCCCGGUCCCCAGGCCGCCGCUGGCCAGCCCCGCGCGGCUCAACGGCGCGGGCCCGGCUCCCGGACUGCUCGGCCCGGGCCACGAGGGCGGCGCCCGCACCCAGCGGCUGCUCAGCUCCCUGCGCGCGCACCCCCGCCACAGCCUGGACCUGCCCCCGGGUGGCGUGGAGGAGCAUGGCCCCGCAGUCACCCUGUAGGUCUGGCAGGUCGGCGGCAGGGACAGCUGCAACCAUGUCACGCUCCUGUGGUGUUAUUUAUCCCUGCCUUUCUUCCACAGCCCUACUCGUUGUUAAAACUUUGGAUGGAAAAUGAAAAUACUCCUUGUCUAGAGUUUCCCCACAGAGCCUAAAGGACACGCACGCGCGCACCAGGCCGGGCGCAGGUCCUAGGGCCUUUGCCAAGUGGAGGAAAGGAUCUGACCCAAGCGCAGAAAAGACUACUUUGAAAUUUUAAAAAUACUGCAUUUUUUAAAUGAGGCUUUAAAAUUACUUUUUAAGAAGAGUCAGUUCAUGUUUCUAACCGAUACCAUGCACAAACGCCCCAUCUGGCGGCCAGCGUUUGCACCCGGCUGCCUUCGGCCUUGCACAGACAGACCCUGCUGCCGGCUGGGCGCCCUGAGGAGCGAGGGUUCCCAGAAGGUAGAGACUGGCCUUAGGAGUAGGGACGCCCAAACCUGUGACAGGAUGACAGUAGACGACGCACUUCACAUGUUCCCACUCUUUAUAGCCCUAUUGCAAACAGCCAGGUGGGGGCUGAACUCCCAGAUGGCUGGGAAAGGCGCGCUCUCUGGAAGGGGUGGUGGCAGAGGGACGCAGCCAGCUCUGCUGGGUCGGAAGGUAAAGCUCAGCAUUACUGUUCGUGACCAAAAGCCGAUAUUGACUCCGAGAUAAAAGUGUCUGUGUGACUCGAUUGACUUUGAGGGCAAUUUUUAAAUGUUUCCACGUGUGGAUGGGUCGGCCCACGGCACACUUCCAGGCCCACCAUUGAAAGCUUAGCCAUCAGGGUGGACAGGUUCUGUUACCUUUGUUUUUAAAUAUUGGCACAUGGAACUUGAUGAUUUUUAACACAUUAGAUUCAUUGUCACUUCUCGUUGAUCUUCUAGCAGUAUUUGCAUACUGAGUAAUUUUCAAUGUUUAUUCAUGUUUAUACCAAUUAAAUUUUAUAUGAAAUGUAUUUUGUUUGAAUCCGAUGUGGAGGCAAAAGUGUUACACUUAUAUUUUGAGAACUAAACUUUGACCAAAUAAACCUUUCCUAUGAACACAGGUAAAACUAUUUUUCUAGGUGGCCUUUCUAUGCAGCUGCUUCUCUGUGGUGCGGGGCCCCCUGCUGGUCAGUGGCAGAACUGUCCUGACUUCAUGGGUGUCAGGCCGGUACCAGAUGGGAACUGCCUUUCCAUGUUUUCAUUGUUUCCUGAAUUUGUUAAGUGAAAAGCAAAUUGUUUUACUUUUGUGCAGAAACUAUUUAUUGUUCAUAAAUAGCUUUUAUUGAGUAGUCGUGGUUUCCUGCGCCUCUGUUUAUUUUGUUAUUUGAAAGCCAGGCUCUCUGUUUUGUUCCUAGCACAAGGAAAACCAAAGAUGCUCCCUCUUUGAGGUCUGAGCUCACACUUCCAAAUUUGCGAGCUCCAGAAACUGUACCAGCAUCGUGUUGGGCACCACAGCAGUUGGAAGCUUUCUUUACUACUACAAGUAUUACAGAAGCAGAAUUCUAGUGCUAAUUUACUAUCACAGGGGAAAUGUCCGUUUACUAAGUUAUUGCUGGUUAAUGAGUGUCUUAUUGAAUAACUGGGUCUGUUACCAAGAAGGAAAGUUAUAUUUCUUACCGUGCUUUAAGUUGUCGAGCAAAUGUGAAUAAUUUUCUUAAAACAAGACAGGUUUGCUCAGAUUUGUGCGCUAUUAUUCAUAAUUUUAGGAUCAUGAGCUGCUUGGAACACCUGCUUGAGUGUAUUUUUCUACCCAGGUCUACACUUCUGCCAUUUCUUUCAUAAAACAAAGACAGAAGCAAUGUUGUAUUACAUGGUAAAGUUUUCUUGGUUUUAUAUAUCAAAGAAUAAAGAUGGUUGCUUUUA